CACACACCAAAGUCAUAAUAACAGGGCGGUCGCAUAGGCAGCGGCUGUGUGAAGCUGGGCUCAGGCAACAUGUACUACAAGUUCAGCGGUUUCACGCAGAAGUUGGCUGGAGCUUGGGCUUCGGAAGCCUAUAGUCCGCAGGGGUUAAAGCCAGUGGUUUCCACAGAAGCACCACCUAUCAUAUUCACCAAAGUCAUAAUAACAAAACUAGCAUAGUAAUGACCUAAAA